AUGUUCCGGAAACUACCAAUCUGCCAAGUACAGCGACAUCAGACGACACCAGAGUCCGGCGAGACCACCUUCCCAGCAAGCACUGAGGCCUUAGAGACCACUGAAGUUCCGGAAACUACCAAUCUGCCAAGUACAGCGACACCAGAGUCUGGAGAGACCACCUUCCCAGCAAGCACUGAAGCCAUAGAGACCACUGAUGUUCCAGAAACUACCAAUCUGGCAAGUACAGCAACAGCAGAAUCUGGCGAGACCACCUUCCCAGCAAGCACUGAGGCCUUAGAGACCACUGAUGUUCCAGAAACCACAAACCUACCAAGUACAUUAACACCGGAGUCUGGUGAGACCACCGUCCCAGCAAGCACUGAGCCCUUAGAGACCACUGACGUUCCAGAAACUACCAAUCUGGCAAGUACAGCAACACCAGAGGCUGGCAAGACCACCUUCCCAGCAAGCACUGAGGCCUUAGAGACCACUGACAUUCCAAAAACCACCAAUCUGCACAGUACAGCAACACCAGAGUCUGGCGAAACAACCUUAACAGCAAGAACUGAGGCUUUAGUGACCACUGAUGUUCCAAAAACAACCAACCCAUCAAGUACAGCUACACCAGAGGCUGGAGAGACCACCUUCUCACAAAGUACUGGAAAACCUGACACCACCAGCUCAGCUAAUCCAGCAACAACAGAACCUGCCCAUACUAGCAGUUCAGGUACUCUAACGACCACGACCACCAACCCAGCUAGUACAGCGACAACAGAAGCUACCCCAACCACAAUCUCAGCUAGUACAACAGAAACUGCCAAAACAACCAACCCAGCUAGUACACAAACAACAGAAGACUCCCAGACAACCAACCCACCUAGUACAGCAACAACAGUAACUACCGUGACCACCAGCCAAGCUAGUACAGCAACAACAGAAUCUAUCAAGACCACCAACCCAGCAAGUACACAAACAACAGAAGCUGCUAAGACCACUGAACCAGGUCGUACACCAACAACAAACCCUGGUGAGACCACAGUAUCAGGAAACACAACGACACCAGAGACUGGUAACUCCACCAACCCAACAAGCUCAGCAGCAACAACACUCAAGCCGUAUCAUUGCCAAAACGGGGGAACAUUCACUGCAACUGGAUGUCAUUGUGUCAGCGGGUUUCAUGGAAUAUAUUGUCAGUUCCUAGAAGAAAGUGUAAAUCUUGAUGACAUUGAGCUCCCGGUGAAAGUUGGUGUGGUGAUCGACAAGGAAUACAAGCCAGAUUUUGACAACACCAGCUCGGAAGCUUACAUACACUUCGUUGCUGAAUUUGUAAAAAACAUUGAUGCCUUUUACAGACAAACAGACGUAAGAAACUUUAAAGAAGUGAUCGUAACCAGCGUUAGCCGAGCGGUUUCGCAAGGUUUGGUGAAACGUUCGCUUCCUGAAGAUGAGAAGUUGAGAUUACAAUCUGAUGCCACGGCUUUCCAUCGAGUCACGCCAAGACAACAAGGCGUCAAAGUCAGCCACGAUGUGGUUUUGUUGAUUCCCAACAACAACAACACAGGAUUAGAAUAUGUGUAUGAUUACAUUGUUGUUCACAAGGCUUUGGCAACAGUUGUUGACUCCAACACAGAUUUUCCCUACAACGUGACAGAGGAACCAUCUGUGGUUCAGACGAACGUGAGUCUGGAAACACUUUGUGCGUCGCAAAUAAAGGAUCCCGACCUGGCUAGGCACUACAAGGCUGUCUACAACAAUAGCGUCCUGGUGUGCGUGAAUCGAUGCAGCCGUCUAUAUGACGGCGACAAGCUCAUAUGCCAAAACAAUGGCAGUUGCAACGUUUACAGGGACGUCGGCGCCGUUUGCGAAUGCCAGCAUUUGGACUCCACUUGGUACUUGGGCAAAGACUGUUCGCUGCCCAUCCAGCAAACGGCCUUCUACAUCAGUUUGGUCCUCACGCUGGCUUGUCUCCUAGCCACGGUGGCAAGCUUGACCGCGUACGUGAUUAUCAACAAGAAAGCGCAAAUGAGGAAAAAAGACAUGAAAAAGAAAGUGGUGGACAAGUGGUUCAACGACGAAUUUGAGUGGUCGCGAUCCGACAUACCCUCGACAGGACCAUUCGAUACUGGACACACAAACCCAUCGUUCUGCUACGACACGCCACCACCACGCCAGCGUGCCGACUCCAGACAGUCCAAUUCAGCAGUGAGCGUGUUCACAAUAGACGGAACAGAAUUUAGCAGGGACGCCUCGCUAAACCGCCCUCCUUUUCAAGAGAUAAGAAUCCAGAGGCCACAGAUCAGGUCAACGAGUAAUGUCUGAGCGCCACCGCCGUUCCAAAAACAAGCUGUUUUUUCACGGGAAAGAGUCUGACAACCGGAUUGAACUGCACUGAAACUGCCAUCAGGUGGCAGUAAUGAAGAUUUUAACUCAGCCCCACAAAAUGGCGAAGUUACGGAUUAUAUGUCUGUAUUUGCACAGUAUGCGUGUUAGUAGUUAUCAAAUGUGGGUGUGUAAUGAGUGAGUGUUUGAUAAAUGGGCCAAAGUGCAACAGGUCUUUUGGAUGUACAGAGAUGAGGGCUAUAAAACAAUAGAUCCCCGUGACUCAAGUGAUAUCCAAAGUUGUAUGUGUAAAUAGCCAAAACAUAAUUAUUUUACAAUUUAAAUGUUGUUUCAGCUGCUUUGUAUGAUUAAACCAGUGUUCAUAUGUUAGCGGGUCACAAAAGCGGCUCAUUCUUCUGCUUAUUUUCUUAUCACAAAAGCUCAUUUUGUCCACUUUUUCAGCAAAGCAGCCGCAUUCCGCAGGGAAAAAAGCUAAAUAAUUUAAAUGUAUAGCCUAGCAGGCUAGGAAAAAAGAAUGUUUGUUUAUAGCAUCGUGUGCCACAAUGUCUCAGUUUUAA